AUGAUUUCACAGACGGAGCCUGGUGAGACAACGUGCUGCGGACGGCUAACAGAGCUGCAGAGGUAUUUCAGUGUCGACCUCGCGGUCAUGACCGGCAGCUGCGCGGGUGUUCAGGAUAUGGAGGUGGGGAUCGAGUACGGGUGUGUUGUUGUAGCAGAACGCACGGUGAUGGAGGAAGGAAUAGAAACCCCGGAUGGAAAAUUUCUUGCUCAUGGAAAUCCGGCAAAACGAGAUGAAAAUCUUAGUGUACUCAUUAAAUCCUCAUUAGGGAAGUUGGACGGCAGUAGGGACUGGCUGGAUGUUAUACCUCAUGAGGCACGGCUUGCUAGUCCUCGAUAUGCACAAGAAAUCAUCGUUAAUGAAGUUUUUAAGAGCAAAACUGGAUUAAAAAAGAAGGACUUAUUUGCAAUACUUGAAGGUAAAGAAGGUGUGGCUAAUAUUAGUUGCAGAACUUGGGAUACCAUUUUGACACAAGCGGCAGACGUAGCAGGAUUGGUGAGUAUCUCAUGUGGAAUAGUCAGCUGCACAGACGAGGCGAGGGCAUACGAAAGAGAUGCAUACGAAUUUCCUCGGCGAGACGAAAUCAAAGUUGUCGUGGACUCGAUCGGUAGCGUCAGAACUCUAACAAAGCCACUGCCCAACACGAUAGCAACAUAUUGGAAACGGAUGGCAAACUGGAGAAUAAGAGGAAUCGACAUGGAGGCACAUCAGUUCAUGACUCACAGCAAGGCCGCCUUUCCCGAUUGCCUACCUCUGGUCAUGAAAGGAAUCUCCGGCUAUGGAGAUAGGCUACAACACGACUAUUACCAGGAGUAUGCAGCAUCGACACCGAUUGCAUUCCUUCGACAUCUACUCACACGUCAACCUUUUCUCAAAUUUCUAUCUAGAAGGUUUCGUUGGGAGCAGAAUAGAACAAGAGACCAAGAUGAACAACUGAGUCAAGCCAGUCAUCUCUCGAGAUCUCAAAGUGACACACCACUACUUGCAUUUGGUGAUUCACAAGUUAUGUUGUUAGUACAGUACAUGUCACUGUUUGAGAUGUUGGAAAUUUUUGUGGCUAGAAAGUUCGUGGCUGGUGGUGAUAUUGAUGUUAGAGAUGAAUGUCUUCCUGAAGAAAGCCUGUUUCAUCCUCUGUCGAUGGAACAACUAUCUGAUAUUAGAACGGCUGAGCAACAGUUUGUAAGCACCGUCGCUGGGGAGUGUCGGGAGGAAGCUGUUCGAGAACACGUCCACGACAUGGCGAGACGUAGUAGGAACAAUGUACAUGGACAGACCCGACUUGGCGAGAAAGGAAUUUUGUAA